UGACGGGGCAUGCGCAGUUUUGAAUAAUCUUAAGAUAAAUCGUUUCUAGAUAUUUAAUGUAUUACAAAGUUACAUUUUCUAUGGUGUGUUUAUAUUAUAACCAAUUUUAAUCUGUAUUUGAUGAAAAACGUGUCCAAUGUAAUAUCUUUUAACAAUAAAAGAUAAUAUUUAUUGUUAACUUAAAAUAACAUUGUACGGAUGAAAAAUAGUAUUUAAAUACUUAUUUAAAUUAAGUAGUUAAAAUGAAAAGAAAAAUGUGGUUAUAAUUUUAUAGAUGAAAAAUUAAUACAAUCUUUAUUUCUAUUGAUAAAAAUUUAUUUAUAAACAGAAAAUGUUUCUUCGUUUGCAUUUACGAUUGUUAAAUAAUACCGUGUCAAUUACACGACAUUGCUCAAAGAAAUAUGCAACAAUUGUGUCUGAAGAAAGUCAAAUCACAAAUGCUCCAAUUUAUCCACCUAUAUUAGAUUUAUCUUUCAAAGCUAAUCAAAAGAGAAAAAGGGAAGCUUGGUAUGAUGAAAUUAAAAAACUUAAAACUGUUGAGGAAAAGAUUUUUAAAAUCAAUAUGCCAUAUUAUUAUGGCUGGAAAUCAUUAAUUUUGAAUGAACAUAAAAUACCUUAUAAUUCUUUGGAACACGCGCAGUAUAUUACAAGAACUUAUAUUGUACCAGAACGUGGACUUCCAACUUUUUACAAUAAUUUAAUGUCCGACGAAGAGCUUGAAUCUAUUGUGAAUGAAAGUAAAAGUUUGAUUGAAAACAUCAUUGCUUUUGAAUAUUCUAGUAGAAGAAGGAAACACGAAUUAAAUGAAACUCAAUUAGAAAGAAAAUCGACGAUGGAAAGUAUUAUAACAAAUGCGAUUGUAUAUCAAAUUAAUAGAAUAUUACAAUCAAAUCUUGUUAAUAUUAGGCCACAUUUAUUAGAAAUUCAAAACGAUUUUGAACCACGUGUUGAAGCAUUUUGGCUUGUUGGUGGGAUAGAACCAUCGGGAUUAAAAUUAAAGGCAAGGAAACGUAUACCUUGGAUGAGACAAUAUGCCUAUGAUCCAAUAGAUAUUCCUGUACAAUAUUAUGGCAAUUCUAUUCUCCAAACACGACAUAAUCUUCCACUAAAGGAAAUUAUGUCUUUGAGCGAAUGCGAGGAUUCUUCUUUGACUGUUCCACAGUUUAGUUUUGAUCCCAGAGUAUUAGGAUAUACUAUGAAUCGUAAGCAUGCUACGAAUAUACCAGGAUUUUGGCCUGGUGAUCCAUGCGAAUUUGGUCUUUUAUCUUAUCACAAUAGUGCAUUCAUAGUUGAAAGACCAGAAAAAUGUAAUGAUGAAAGUGAUGCAUUUCUUAAACAAGCUAUUUUAGCUUCCUACAGUUGGUUAUUAUCACAAGCCUCUUAUCAAGGUUUCUCAACAUUUCACGAUGUUACUUAUCCAUUUGUCAAUCAAGCAGUUAUAACUAAUGGUCAAUAUUGGUCAUUUUAUGUUUAUCAACUUAAUACUACUGUAUUGCAUUCAGAAAAUAUUUAUGAAAAUCCGAGACGUAAUAUUUGUUGGGCUACAGAAUCUGUAAAAUUAUUUGAUAAAGUUGAAGGUGAAAAGGUUCAUGGCUUGAACACUGAUGUUCUUAAAACUUUAAUUAAAUUUUAUGCAAACACUCCUGCAGAAAGAAUGAUUGAAAUGAAACCAUAUUUGGGAGACACUGUAAAAAAAAUAGCAGACAUCAAAUCUGACAAACGAAGAGACUGGCUGGAAAGAUAUUAUAAACAUCUUGUAACAAAUAGGCCACGCCAUAGAAAACCACCAGAGAUAUAUCAUUGGCAAAAAGUUUAUCUUAUUGACAAUAAGAUGUGUCCUAUGAUGAAAAAGAGACAUCCAUUCCAAUUUGGAAUUUCUGUUAUGAAACGUAAACUUGAUGAACAUGCCUUAAAGUAUGUACCAAAAUGUCUUAGAGUGAAUCCGAAGAAGAAGUUAGGUAAUUGGGAACAAACUUUUUAUCCAUAGAAUUUAAAUAAUAUGUUUUCUCUCUUUUCGAUGCAAAUAGUACUUCACUUUGAUAUUUUUCAUGGAUAGAUUAUAAUAGAAUUUUUAAUAUAACACUUUUAUUUUAUGCAAUAUAAAUAUAAAUUUGAAGAUAUUACAGUCUAAAUAUUAUUGAAUUAAUCCGAUCUCUGUCCAUAUAAAUCGCAAUAUAAAUGUCAGAUAAAAUAUUUAUUUAUAUAUUAUAGUGUGAAUAGAAUAUGAAUUUAUUUCCAUCUUGAUAGGACCGUUUUUAGAAUCUAUAAUUGUAAUAUUCUUACUUUUUGAGCUCCUAAAAGAAAAGAAGAAUAUAAUAAAUUUAUGAUUGCAAAAGACUUUUCAUAGUAAAUAAAGUAUACAUACAUAUUGUACAGCACAACUACGAUCAUUUUCGAUGGAGUUUCAAAAGCAAUAGUUUUUAUGUCAUUUGUCUCCAUGCUUUCAAUCCUUACAGAAUCUCGUUCUACGAAUCUACUGAAAUGUUUGAUCGCGUAGUACGUUGGUUGUUUAAAAAAUUCAUCAGUUU